AGGAUCCCACCGGCUACACCAAGUUCCACAAAGGGACCACUUCCAACCUCCACUGUUCUUGUCUACUUCUCCCCAGGUUUCAAAACUGCAAAGUCACGACAUUGCCAAGCGAGUGCCCGAACGGUACUAAAUCCACCCGUGCUUGGCUAUACGCGUAAAUGCUGUCCCAAAACGUCUCAUUGGCCUGCUAAUUUCAGCAUCGAGCCUCUUCGAACCCCAACUGCUCCAGAAAAUCCCAUCCAAGCCUCACCCUGA